AGGAGGACAUGCGCAGCGCGGCGCUAGGAGGCUGCGACGCCGAGUUUCACUCUGGCUGCCUCCCGCUCGGAGUCGGAUAUAUACUCGGGGGUUCUACCCAGGCCGAGCCGGAGCUGAACCCGGAGGUCGGCGGUCCUCUCAACCUGUUCCUUCUGCUCCCCUCAGACUCGGUGAGCGGGACGGGCGGGCCACCUGCUGACGCCCAGGCUGGGGUCCCGAAGGUACCUCGGAUUUGGUGUGGCUGAGUCAGCAAGCCCUCAGAUUCGCCUGGUUCUUGUUUGCUAUUCAUAUCAAGAUGGGAGCUCAGACAAGUUAUUGCUUCUGAGGACCUGGUGCCUCCAUCAAGAAGGGGCAGUUUGGUGACAGCCCUUGAGUGAAGAGGAGGUCUCCCAGAGGUGCUGGGCAAUGAACCUGAACCUGCAACCCCGACUGGUGUGAAGUCUUCAGAGAAAGCAGAAGAUGGCCAUGGCCCCAAGCUCGUCUCUGCCACAGGUGUACCCUAGCCAUGUGGUGGUGGCUGUGUGGGAAUGGCAGGAUGGGCUUGGCAUUUGGCACCCCUACAGUGCCACUGUUUGCUCCUUCAUUGAGCAGCAGUUUGUCCGGCAGAGGGGCCAGCAUUUUGGACUGGGAAGCCUGGCCCACAGCAUCCCCUUAGGCCAAGCUGACCCCUCACUGGCCCCUUACAUCAUUGACCUCCCCAGCUGGACUCAGUUCCGCCAGGACACUGGCACCAUGAGGUCUGUGCGUAGACACCUGUUCUCACAGAAUUCUGCCCCAGGCCAGGGCAUCGUCUGGGAGUGGCUGGGCGAUGAUGGAUCCUGGAUUGCCUAUGAAGCUAGAAUCUGUGACUAUCUGGAACAGCAAGUGGCCCGGGGCAUCCAGGUGGUGGACUUGGCCCCACUGGGCUAUAACUACACUGUCAACUAUGCCACCCUAACCCAAACCAACAAGACUUCCAGCUUCUGCCGGAGUGUGCGACGCCAAGCGGGGCCAGUUUACCCAGUGACUUCAGACAUCGCUGCCCCACGUCAAAUGGGACUCAUCUGCUUUUGCCAACAGUGCCUCCAUGGUAGCGGAGCUGGCCCUGUGUCAGGUCGCUACCGCCACUCCAUGACCAACCUGCCUGCAUAUCCUGCCCCCCAAGCGCCCCACCGGACCACCACUGUCUCUGGGGCCCACCAGGCCUUUGCCCCAUACAAUAAACCUUCACUGUCUGGGGCCAGAUCUGCGCCAAGGUUGAACACCACCAACCCCUGGGGUGCAGCACCUUCUGUUCCAGGCAACCAGUCCCUGUUCCAUUCCAGCCUCUCCCACCUGGGGCCACAGCUCCUGCCCUCAGGACCGUCCACCUCCAGUGGAGCCAGUGCCUCCUUCCUCAGCGGUCCCUCCUCCAGAAGCCCAGGGAGCGCCCCCACCACUGUGCCCGUGCAGAUGCCAAAGCCCAGCAGGGUCCAGCAGGCGCUUGCAGGCAUGACGAGUGUGCUGUCAGCCAUUGGACUCCCUGUGUGUCUUAGCCGUGCACCCCGGCCCACCAGCCCUCCCGCCUCCCGUCCGGCCUCUAAAAGUCACAGCUCAGUUAAGAGGCUGAGGAAAAUGUCCGUAAAAGAAGGGGCGCCUAAGCCCGAGCCAGAGCAGGUGAUCAGAAAGUACACUGAGGAGCUGAAAGUGGCCCCCGAAGAGGACUGCAUCAUCUGUAUGGAGAAACUGUCUGUGGCUUCUGGGUACAGUGAUGUGACUGACAGCAAGGCCCUCGGGCCUAUGGUCGUGGGCCGCCUCACCAAGUGCAGCCAUACCUUCCACCUGCUGUGCCUGCUGGCCAUGUAUUGCAACGGGAACAAGGAUGGGAGUCUGCAGUGUCCUUCGUGCAAAACCAUCUAUGGGGAGAAGACUGGAACGCAGCCCUGGGGGAAGAUGGAGGUGUUCAGGUUCCACAUGUCCCUCCCAGGCCACGAAGACUGUGGGACUAUACUCAUUGUUUACAACAUCCCUCAUGGCAUCCAGGUGAGGGGCCUGGCCAGAAUCACCAUUCCUCAGUGCCCCCCUUUCUGCCCAGCACACUCUCACCAUCUGCAUCCAGUGCAGGGUCAGGACGACCCAGCUGAGCACUGUGGGGCGCUUAGGUGACUGAAGCCCUUCCUC